GGCUGCUAAACAUUGAAGAGAUCAGUCUGCUGAAAAUACUCCAAAGUUUGUUAGAAUUUCAAAAAUACCGUUUAUAGAUUUUUCUAAAACAUUCAUUCAAAUAUCAAAUCAAAAUUCCUUUUUUCCUAGUGUAGUUCUGAAAUAUUGAUUAUUCGCACAUUCUCGUGCAAUUAAAGUAUCAAUUGAUAUAUUGUGAAGUAUUAAAGACAGUUAAAUAUUGAGAAAAUAUUUUUCCAUCAUUGUGAAAACAGCCAACCCAACCCUGACAGUAAAUAUGUGUUAAAACUUACGCUUGCGCUUUAUAGAAAUCAAGUGUCCCUUGACACAGGUAUCCUAUGUUCAGUAGUCAGUGAUCAAUUUCACACAAGUGUUAUUAAAUUUGUAAUUCUAUCAAAUAAUUAUUGACAUAACCUCCAUCAAAAAUGGGAAACGAAAACUCACUUCCUAUGGAACUUUGUUCAAACUUUGAUGCUGAUGAAAUAAGAAGACUAGGAAAACGAUUUAGAAAAUUAGAUCUUGAUAAUAGUGGAGCUUUAAGCAUUGAUGAAUUUAUGUCGUUACCUGAAUUACAACAAAAUCCAUUAGUUCAGCGGGUUAUUGAUAUAUUUGAUGCUGAUGGGAAUGGUGAAGUUGAUUUUAAGGAAUUUAUUCAAGGAGUAUCUCAAUUCAGUGUCAAGGGUGACAAAGAAAGUAAAUUACGCUUUGCAUUCAGAAUUUAUGAUAUGGAUAAUGAUGGCUUUAUAAGCAAUGGUGAAUUAUUCCAAGUAUUAAAAAUGAUGGUUGGCAAUAAUUUAAAAGAUACGCAACUUCAACAAAUUGUUGACAAGACUAUUUUGUUUGCUGAUAAAGAUGAGGAUGGAAAAAUAAGCUUUGAAGAAUUUUGUUCUGUUGUUGGAAAUACUGAUAUUCAUAAAAAAAUGGUCGUCGAUGUGUAAUUAAUUUAAAUAAACAUUAAAUUAACACUGUCUUCAUAUUAAGUAAGUAAAUUUUGAUGAAUUUUAAGCAAAACAAAGUAUUUAAAUAAUUAUUAAAAUAAACUGAAGGAAAAUAAUGUUAAGAAAUAUUCUCAUUGAUAUUAAACAAAAGUAUAAACUGCUGAUUAGAGUAAAUUAACAUUCUCAAUUCGAUGAAAUAAUUGUAACAAUUUAUGGUUAUGAUAUUUAAAUAUUGAAUUAUACGAAUGUAAAUCAGUCAGUUUCAUAA